UGGGACAGCAUUCCGCCGUUCUGACUCGCUGGAAUACGCCAAUGGUGUAAUGCAGGGUUCAGGACAGCUUCGAGCAUCAUCGAAGCAACGUUGAUGCUCCGAAGUGCUCAGGUGACAAGGAAAACUUUAGAUUCAUAAAGAAAGCUUUCCGAGAAUACAGUCCAUCUACGCCACACCAUAUGUCGUCCAUCAAACUUACGGGAAUCGAAUGAUAAUCACGGCAAUAUUUUCUGUAGCGUACUACUCUGCGUUUUACAGUGGUGACAGAAACGUUUCUUUACCAUCCACUACCCGUACACCAUGACUCUGCACUUUCAAACAGCGUUUCAUGGUGGGUUUGUAGGCGUGUACGCCUUCGGAACACCCCGGAUUUUUUGUCAGUGUUUUGCAAGACACUCAACAAGCUAUGACCAAAAGGGCGCAGCUCAGUUUACGCUAAACGCCUUUGAAACUGUCAUCCUUGUUUGGAGCUGCUUCUUCAAAAAGGUCAAGAGAGAACUACCGAGGAAAACUCGCCGGAGAGAGCGCCUAAAUUCAUGAAAAACGCAUGUCGCGUAAGCACCGCGUAGUGUUCAUCAGAUCGGCGUUCUUGUGAAUCACUUUCGCAGACAGAGACGCCUCUAUAUCACCUUUGCGAGUAGCACUCCGCCGACCUCUUUGGCAACGCUGACGCCACCCGCUGCGGGUUCUGUUUUCCGGUGGCCGCUGCUCAUUCAAGGGGCGGAGUCUACCAGAAAGCUGUGUCGACAGCCAGAAAGUAUCCAAUUGCUGGCCCCGCCCUCGCAUGAGACGGACAGACUUCCGGUUGUCUGUCUCUGAGAAAAAGAUAUUAUCCUCAAGAGAAGAACACCGAUUGAUGGCGACGCUGAAAGGCUUGUCGUCAGAUCUUGAUUGGAUCCUUUCGGUUUUACGGUUCCACAACGUGUCCCAAACCUUGAUUCAAAGCGACGGCAGGUGCAUGCACAUGCGAAACAACGGCGUGGUAAUAGUUCAGCCAGCUGAUUCUAGAUCCUCUGCCAACAGCUUCAUCCCUGAAGAGUGUUAAGAUUGCUGUUAUGUCAGACUUUUUUUUCUUCUCGUGCCUUCCACUUUUGACUGAAAGACUCCGGAGAAACAUUGGUGUUUCUUUCGUUCGUCUCUUGUGCACGCUAACACAGAAAGUCGGCUGCCCAUGGUAACUGUUUCAACCUCCAGCUUUUUUGUCUCGAUUUUCUACAGUGACAGUAGUUGAACACGCAUGCAAAUGACAGGCCUCGGUGCCAAGCUGGCAAAUUGUACGGCUCUUGUUUUUUGCGAAAGGGGGGUGUACAAACUGUCUACGUUUUUCAAAGUUGCGGUGGUCGGAGGCAUCACAUUACGAACUGAAGCAUCUGUGUACGUGCACUCUAUUCACAUUCACAGGGGAUAACAGUGUGUCUUUAACAGCAGUGAUGCCAAAUGGAUGAAUCUGAAGGUGGCAACGGGGGCACUGAAGCGCCCUUGUUUCAAGGAAACAAUGGAUCAAGAUAUCCACUUAGCGGACAGAGACAACAAGCGGAACAUGGUGACACAUUCGAAGCUCCGGUGACAGACAGUGAACCUGGCAGUGACAGCGGUGCAGGAGGCAACUUGUCUGAACAUCAUUUUUGGGCAGCUGUUGUCCUCGCCCUGGUCGCAGCUCUCCUCUGUCUGCUUGGCAAGCGUGCAGCAGCAUUCGCCGACAAACGGGCGGAGGAGAGGAGGGCGGAAGACCAGCGGAGAUGCCAGUCAGCGAGGAUGCGUUAUGUGGAGAAGCUGGAAGGCGAAAUGGAGGAUUUCAAGAAAACAGAGGAGUUCAAAGAGCUAGAGAAGGAAGCUGCAGAUCGAGAAAGAGGCAUCCAACCAGAACAUAGGCGAACCUGGCAGUUCAGGGGAACCAUCCCGCAGAAUCCGCAUUUGGCACCUAGAUUCCGGCCCAACGUAAAUGAUCGCUAUCAAAUCCGGCGAGGCAGAGGGGGCUGAUGCUAAAAGAAGAACAUGUGCAAACGGUUGCACAUGUUUUGACGAGUGGCAACACUCUGCGAAGCACCAUAACUUUUCGACCCUUGUUCAUAAAUACCGUCGGUGUGCCAACGACGCUGCCCUACCCCAAUUCUGGCUCACCUUUUGGAGUGUGGGAAGCGGCGACAAUGACCGUUCUCGACAGCGAAGUAUUUCAAGUAAACAACGAUGAGUUGGGAAGAAUUAGUUCCCUCCACGUCUGACGGUGUUGUCAAUGAGAGCGCAGGAAACGUGGUCAUGAAUGACGAGGCACAGAGAAACCGUUUUCGGAUCGGUGCCUCUGAAAGGUGGUCGACCCCUGCCUCUUACACCUCAGUUUUUACGCUGCUGACAGGAGGUCAAUUCCGUUUUAGCUUCGUGUUCGAACGUGAACUAGCAUUUUCUUCCAAUUAGAAGGUUGCCGUCGUUUUGGGUGCUCCUCAGGUGAGUGACACCCUCGUUCCUUUUGAAAUGGAAGAUAUUCAUCUGCAUGUUUAUUUGUCUCCCAUAACAUUAGUACGUUUCGUAUAUUGUCUUCGCCAAGGAAACAACUGCGUGUGCACUCGCUGCACAAGCUCAAAAGUCUGCAUGGGCCA